CGUGACUAGCUGCCUUGCUCAUUGAUUAUUACAUUUAUACACGACCCAGAAGAUUGGCGACUGUUGGCGACCACUGAACAGUCAGCAAGAGGAAAUCGUGCCUAACGGUUCUCGUUUCCUUCCAUUCGCUCGAACGAGCUCGUUUUCUGUAAAAUUUCAGUUAUUUGAACACAAGGAUAAGUAAACCUUAGCGAAUCAAAUAUGGGAUCGCUUUUUCGAAGCGAGGAGAUGACCUUGUGUCAACUCUUUUUGCAAAGCGAAGCAGCAUAUGCCUGUGUCUCCGAACUUGGCGAACUUGGCCUUGUACAAUUUCGAGAUCUCAAUCCCGAUGUUAAUGCCUUUCAACGAAAGUUUGUUAACGAGGUGCGUCGUUGUGACGAGAUGGAACGUAAAUUGAGGUACUUGGAAAAAGAAAUAAAAAAGGAUGGUAUCCCUAUGCUCGAUACUGGAGAAAAUCCAGAAGCUCCUCAACCUCGAGAAAUGAUAGAUCUGGAAGCGACGUUUGAAAAAUUGGAGAAUGAACUACGAGAAGUCAAUCAAAACGCGGAAGCUCUCAAACGUAAUUUUUUGGAGUUAACAGAAUUGAAGCAUAUACUUAGGAAGACCCAAGUUUUCUUCGACGAGGCUGAGCAUGGAGGUGUCGUGUCGCAGAUGGCAGACCCCAGCCGUGAGGAAGAACAAGUCACUCUCUUGGGUGAAGAGGGCCUCCGCGCUGGCGGCCAGGCUCUCAAGCUCGGUUUCGUCGCUGGAGUUAUCCUACGGGAACGCAUCCCUGCGUUUGAACGCAUGCUCUGGCGUGCAUGUCGUGGUAAUGUAUUCUUACGUCAAGCGGAAAUUGAAACUCCUUUGGAGGAUCCUUCAACGGGGGAUCAAGUGUUCAAGUCUGUGUUUAUCAUAUUCUUCCAAGGAGAUCAAUUGAAAACUCGAGUUAAAAAGAUCUGCGAAGGAUUCAGAGCUACUCUUUACCCUUGUCCCGAAGCACCUGCUGACCGCCGUGAAAUGGCUAUGGGCGUCAUGACCCGAAUCGAAGAUUUAAAUACGGUUCUCGGUCAAACUCAAGAUCAUCGUCAUCGUGUCUUGGUGGCUGCUGCGAAAAAUAUUAAAAAUUGGUUCGUCAAAGUCCGCAAAAUCAAAGCUAUUUAUCAUACAUUGAAUUUAUUCAACUUGGACGUUACACAGAAAUGUUUAAUCGCUGAAUGCUGGGUUCCCGUAUUGGAUAUCGAGACAAUUCAACUAGCCCUGCGUCGUGGAACUGAACGUAGCGGUAGUUCUGUACCACCGAUUUUAAAUCGGAUGGAGACUUUCGAAGAUCCACCCACUUAUAAUCGAACAAACAAAUUUACUAAAGGUUUUCAAGUACUGAUAGACGCAUACGGAGUUGCUUCCUACAGAGAAAUGAAUCCAGCCCCUUACACUAUAAUAACAUUCCCAUUUUUGUUCGCUGUAAUGUUUGGAGAUACUGGCCACGGACUUCUCAUGUUCCUCUUCGGCGGAUGGAUGGUGUUAAAAGAAAAACCACUAGCCGCAAAGAAAUCUGACAACGAAAUUUGGAAUAUCUUCUUCGGUGGUCGAUACAUUAUCUUCUUGAUGGGUUUAUUUUCAAUGUACACCGGAUUGAUAUACAACGAUACAUUCUCCAAGUCGUUGAAUAUAUUUGGUUCAUAUUGGAGAAUCAACUACAACAUCAGCACAAUACAAGAGAAUAAGGAUCUGCAAUUAAAUCCCAGCAAUAAGAACGAAUAUUUGCAGAAACCAUACCCGAUAGGGAUGGAUCCUGUGUGGCAAUUGGCUGAGAAUAAGAUCAUUUUUCUCAACUCGUACAAAAUGAAAAUAUCGAUCAUUUUCGGUGUUAUGCACAUGUUAUUCGGCGUAUUUGUUGGAUUGUGGAAUCAUAUGUACUUUAAGAGGAAAAUGAACAUAACAUGCGAAUUCAUCCCCCAAGUAAUAUUUUUGGUAUUACUCUUCCUAUACAUGGUACUUCUCAUGUUUACCAAGUGGAUCAAAUAUGGCCCUGAUAGCGAUGGUUUAGAUCCAGAGCACGGUCCUUUCUGUGCACCAUCCGUAUUAAUUACGUUUAUUAAUAUGGUACUUUUCAACUCUGGAAACGCACCGAAAGGAUGUAGUCCUUGGAUGUACAGCGGCCAAGAAGGAUUACAAAAACUCCUCGUUGUUCUAGCUCUCCUUUGCAUUCCAUGGAUGUUACUGGGUAAACCUGGCAUGCUAAUGUACAACAGGAAGAAGCAACAUGUCCAGUUAAAUGAUCAUGGAACAGAGAAUGGUGAUGUGGAAGGUGGCGUAGACACCAUACAAACCACCAAUGGCGUACCUCCGGGUGGUCCCAAACACGAAGAAGAGGACAUGGGCGAAUUAUUGAUUCAUCAAGGCAUUCAUACCAUUGAAUACGUUCUUGGUAGCGUAUCUCACACUGCAUCGUAUCUGCGUUUAUGGGCCUUAUCUCUCGCCCAUGCACAAUUAUCAGAAGUGUUAUGGAACAUGGUAAUGAGAAAUGGAUUGACACAGGAAGAUUGGUCAGGUGGUAUUAUCCUGUGGGCUGUGUUUGGAUUUUGGGCUGUUCUAACCGUCGGCAUUCUAGUACUUAUGGAAGGGUUAUCAGCCUUCUUACAUACACUUCGACUUCAUUGGGUCGAGUUCCAAAGCAAAUUUUACGCUGGUCAAGGAUAUGGUUUCCAGCCAUUUUCCUUCGAAAUAAUUCUGGAUGCAGCGCAAUCCACCCCAGAAGACUAAUUAUGCAUCAAGCCAUAAAACGGAGUAUUACCCGCAGUAUACUUUGUUAGCGAACUUCCACAUGGCUUUCUUCUAUAGAUUAGUAUUACCGAUAUCCCAAUAUCUAAUACGAAUAACCAAUAUGAAUUUGUCACCAUAAAUUGUCAUUAUGUUUAAAUCAGGUGGUAUUUUCACUCGUAUAACGAAUGUUUACAGGCUUACAAAAUUUACUUUUUUGUUUUUUUUUUAAAUAACGAAACUACUAUUACAUAAUGUACUAUUUACAAAAAUGAUCUAAAUAUAAUUUUGAAUGUUGGUAAUUACCACAUUUACGUUGUAUCGUGUAUCAUUUAUUUAUGAGAAACAUGAAUGAUAAAGAAAUUGUAAUUAGAUUUGAAACAUAUAAUAAAAGCAAAUGAAUGUUAA